AUUUAUUUAGAAUAGUCAAAAUGAGGCUUCAAAUUGGAAUCUUUUUAUUUGUAUUAUCCACUGCCGGGGUAUUCGCGAAAAUUCAACGGAUCCUUAGGGGUCAAGGUACUGAUGUCAGAACAUAUCCAUUUAUGGCAUCGAUAAGAUAUGCCAGUAGUAAUAUAAUAGCCUGUGGUGGUUCAAUAAUCAGCAAUCAACAUAUUCUGACAGCCGCUCAUUGCCUUUUCUAUGAUUCAACGAAUUACAAUCGUUUUUUAAUAUAUACUGGUAUAACUGAUACGAGUACCACUGACGGACAAGUACAUAGAAUUGAUCAAGUUUUCUAUCAUCCUAGAUUUACAGGGGUUAAAAGUCAGAAAGAGAUGGAUCGCCAUGAUCUCGCAAUUGUUAAGGUGCAAAGCUUUUAAUAAAUGAAAAAAUAG